AGCCCGCGCAAGCCCGCGCAACCAUCUUCAACUUUCUUUCCUUCAAAUCUGUGCGAUCCAGCCCUCAAUCGAGCCAACAAUUGACUUCUCAGGAAUAUAAAACCAUCAAUAGUAUCAUAAGCACCACACUACAAUCCCUCCGCACCCACCGAUCACUGCAAACCAGCAACACUACCGACAGCCAACAUGCGCCUCGCCCACAUCCACUACCCAGACCUAACCUCCUUCACGCGCAUCUCGCACCUCCAACAAACCCUGACCACGCGCCUGCUCACGCACAAGAAACUCCUCUCCUCCGUCGACCCUCAAACCCCCGCACCCCCUCCUCCAGACCCAACAAUCAUCACCUUCACCCCCCACCCAGUCUACACAACCGGCCGCCGCGACCUCCCACCAUCCAACACCAGUCCCCGCGACACCUACACCUCGAGAAAUGGAACCGAAACCGCAAGCACAAGCCAAUCCGACCUCUCCCUCCCGCCCCCCCUCGAGCAGAUCCGCUCCCUCCUCAUUCCGCCAACCCCUUACCCCGCCCCACCUUCGUCGUUUUUGCAACAGCAGCAGCAGCAGCACACCACCCAAAAAGCCGAAUACCACCCCACCCUCCGCGGCGGCCAAACGACCUACCACGGCCCGGGCCAGAUGGUCGCGUACACGAUCCUCGACCUCCGGCGGCUGGGCCUCACCCCGCGCUGCCACAUCCGGUUGCUGGAGAAUAGUGUGAUUGAUGUGCUGGGGUCGUAUGGGGUGCGCGGCCUGGUGACGGGCGAUCCGGGCGUGUGGGUGUAUCCGACUUCGCCCGCCGGCGGCUCGCCGCUACCUAGUCAGCAGCAGCAGUCAACUCAGGAAAAUGCAAGCCGUAGCAGGCAGCACGAGGAGGGUCUUCAGGAGGCAGAGGAGGGGCAAGAACUCCUCCCCCAGAAAAUCACUGCGGUGGGCGUGCAUCUGCGCCGGAAUAUCAGUAGCUUUGGAAUUGGGUUCAAUGUCACCCAGGAGCCGAUGUGGUGGUUCCGGCAGAUCGUGGCGUGCGGGUUGGAAGGGCGCGAGACGACGAGUUUGGCCGGGUUGGGUGUGCAGACGGAUAUUCAGACGGUGGCCGGGCGGUUUGUCGAGGCGUUUGUAAGGCGGCUGAAUGCUGAUUUUGCGGUGCAGGGGGGCAAAGGGAAGGGGGAAGGGAUUGAGGAGGUUUAUACGGUUGCGGAGGAGGAUUUAAUAAGGGGAUAAGGAAU